UUCACGCUGUCAAAACAAUCUGAUAAUGUAAAAAAUUGCAAGAAAGAAUCCGAUCCGAAUUCAAAUAAAUUAUUGAAAUCCGAUAGUAAAAAUCUCUUGAAUCAAUGACAGACUAUCAGUGGCCUUGGGAGUACAGUUUCCCUCCGUUUUUUACGGUACAAUCCCAUGCCGGCACGAAAGCACAGCAAUUGUCGACUUGGAAGACGUUAGUGCUCGAUUAUCAGAAACAUAUUCAUCAGGCUAUCCUAAAUAUUAACGAAGACAGUUUACUGUUUGCUAACGAGAGCAUCUCGCGGAAGCUUCCCUAUGAGGGGCGACUCUGGUUGCUGGAGGAGCUUGAAAAAUCCGGAAACGCCGCGCCACUUGAUAAACGCAAACAGCAGUGGGAAAUCUAUUGGCAUACGCUAGACGAGUGGAGCGCUAUUAUUCAUGACUGGGCCACUGCUAAUGGGAUGAUUAAUACGGUUUGUACACUCUUCGAAUUGUCCGCAGGUGACAAUACGGUAGGCGAGGAGUUUCAUGGCUUGGAUAAGGAUGUGCUGAAGAAGGCCCUGAGAGUGCUUGAAUCGAAGGGAAAGUGCGAAAUUAUUGCAUUCGAUGAUAAUGAAGGAGUUAAAUUUUUCUAGGGUAUAACAAACUUGUUUCUGGUGUAAAUAUAAACAUACUGUUAGUAUUUCUUUCAAUUGUGAAUAUCAUCUGGUGCUAUCUCAA